AUGAGGGUGACGGAAGUGAUCAUAGACGGCUUCAAGUCGUACGCCGUGCGGACGGUGAUCUCGGGAUGGGACGAGAGUUUCAACUCGAUCACCGGCCUCAAUGGCAGUGGCAAGUCCAACAUUCUGGAUGCCAUUUGCUUCGUUCUCGGCAUCACCAACAUGUCUACAGUUCGCGCACAGAACCUACAGGACCUCAUCUACAAGCGCGGCCAGGCAGGCGUGACCAAGGCGAGCGUCACUAUUGUAUUCGACAACCGCGACAAGAAGAAAUCGCCCAUUGGCUUUGAGGAGUAUGCGACCAUCAGUGUUACCCGCCAGAUUGUCCUGGGCGGUACUUCAAAAUAUCUCAUCAAUGGACACCGCGCGCAGCAACAAACAGUGCAGAACCUCUUCCAAUCAGUUCAGCUCAACAUUAACAACCCCAACUUUCUCAUCAUGCAAGGCCGAAUCACCAAAGUCCUCAACAUGAAAGCCGUCGAGAUUCUCGCCAUGAUCGAGGAGGCGGCCGGAACCAGGAUGUUUGAGGACCGAAGGGACAAAGCCCUCAAAACCAUGGCCAAGAAGGAGAUGAAGCUGCAGGAAAUCACAGAACUCCUACGUGACGAGAUCGAGCCCAAGCUCGAGAAACUACGGACAGAGAAGAGGGCAUUCUUGGACUUCCAACAAACGCAAAAUGAUCUCGAGCGCCUCACCCGGGUCGUUGUCGCCCACGACUAUGUCAGGUGCCAAGAGAAGCUCCAGCAAUCUGGCGCAGACCUCGAGGCUAAGAAGCAACGACAAAAGGACCUCGAAGACUCGGCAGUCCGGCUCAAGAGCGAGAUCUCGCAUCUGGAGGAGGAUGUGAAGCGUGUCAAGGCGCAGCGCGACAAAGAACUCCGCAAAGGCGCCAAGGCCCAAGCUCUGGAAGAGGCUGUCAAGAAGCACUCUAAUGAGCUCGUCCGUCUGGCAACGGUCAUGGACCUGAAGAAGUCAAGCAUGACCGAAGAGCAAGACCGCAGGACAGGCGGAGAGAAGAGCGUAGUGGAACUCGAAACGGCACUCAAGGCAAAGACUGCAGCCUAUGAGAAGAUCAAGACCAAGUACGACGCUGCGAAAGAAGAACUCGAGAAGCAGAACCAGGAAGCAGAGUCCAAUGAAGAACUGCUCCAGACUCUGCAGACGGGCGUCGCAUCCAAGGAAGGGCAGGAAAAUGGCUACCAAGGCCAACUCCAAGAUGCAAGGAAUCGCGCCACCGCAGCCGUGACCGAACAGGAACAGGCCAAAAUCAAGAUUGCACAUCUGGAGAAGAGAAUCAAAGAGGAGGAGCCUCGCGCCAAGAAGGCCAAAGCACAAAAUGCCGACCUUCUGCGCGAUCUCGAUGGGCUCAAGAGUCAGGCGCAGAAGCUCGAAAAGGAGCUCGGCAAGCUAGGCUUCAGCCCGGGAACUGAGGAGGCUAUGUACAAGCAGGAGAGCACCCUGCAGCAGACCAUCCGGUCACUUCGCCAAGAGUCAGAUGUCCUGAAACGCAAGGUCGCCAACAUUGACUUCAACUACUCCGACCCGGUCGCGAAUUUCGAUCGGUCCAAGGUGAAGGGCCUGGUUGCUCAGUUGUUUACCUUGGACAAGGAGCACACCCGUGCUGGGACUGCCCUGGAGAUCUGUGCCGGCGGCCGUCUCUACAACGUUGUGGUAGACACCGAGGUGACAGGUACUCAAUUGCUUCAGGGAGGCAAACUCCGCAAGAGAGUCACCAUCAUCCCUCUCAACAAGAUUGCCGCGUUCAAGGCGCAGGCCCAGACCAUUGCUACCGCCCAAAAGAUUGCGCCAGGCAAGGUCGAUCUUGCCCUUUCUUUAGUCGGCUACGACAACGAGGUCUCCGCCGCGAUGGAGUACGUGUUUGGCAACACUCUGAUCUGUGCCGACGCAGACACAGCUAAGAGAGUCACAUUCGAUCCCAACGUGCGAAUGCGCAGCAUCACGCUCGAAGGUGACGCGUAUGAUCCUUCUGGUACGCUCUCCGGUGGCAGCUCGCCCAAUUCAAGUGGCGUUCUGGUCACCCUGCAGAAGUUGAACGAAAUCACGCGUCAGCUCAAGGAGGCGGAAGCCGAGCUACACGGCCUCCAGGCCAAGAUUUCGAAGGAGAAAUCCAAACUUGACCAAGCUCGCAAGACCAAGCAGGAACUUGACCUCAAGGGACAUGAGAUCAAACUGGCUGAAGAGCAGAUCAGCGGCAACUCCUCAUCAUCAAUUAUCCAGGAGGUUGAGAACAUGAAGGAGCAAAUCUCGCAGCUGAAAACCAGCUCUGCCGAAGCCAAGAAACGGCAAGCGGAGGCCAACGCCGACGUCAAGCGUAUUGAGAAAGAUAUGAAGGACUUUGACAACAACAAGGACGGCAAGUUGGUUGAGUUGCAGUCAACUCUAGAUAAGCUACGUGCUUCCUUGACAAAGAACUCGGCUUCGGUCAAGGCACUGCAAAAGGAGCUGCAAGCUGCACAGCUGGACUCGGAACAAGUGGCUGCUGAUCUGGCAGCGGCGCGAGAGUCUCUCCAGGAAAUCGAUCUGGCCAUCAAAGCCCAACUCGAGGAAAUUGAGGACCUCGUCAAACAACAAACGCAGCUGAAGGAGACACAUGAUACUGCGCAAGCGCAACUUGAUGAUGAGCGGGCCAAGCUCAACAUCUACGACGACGAGCUUCGUGCUCUCGAAGAAGCCACCCGCUCCAAGAACGCCCGCAUUGCUGAGGAGAGUCUCGAGAUGCAAAAGCUCGGCCACCAAGUCGAAAAGUUCCACAAGGAGCAGCAAAACGCCGUGCAGACUGUCGAUCACAUGGAGAAGGAGCACGACUGGAUCGCGGAUGAAAAGGACAAGUUUGGGCGCUCGGGCACUCCCUACGACUUCAAGGGGCAGAACAUUUCGGAGUGCAAGGCGACGCUGCGCAACCUGACGGAGCGGUUCCAGGGCAUGAAGAAGAAGAUCAACCCCAAGGUCAUGAACAUGAUCGACAGCGUCGAGAAGAAGGAGAUGUCGCUCAAGCACAUGAUGAAGACGGUCAUUCGCGACAAGCGUAAGAUCGAGGAGACCAUCAUCAGCCUCGACGACUACAAGAAGAAGGCCCUGCAGGAGACGUGGCAGAAGGUCAACGGCGACUUUGGCCAGAUCUUCAACGAGCUGCUGCCGGGCAGUUUUGCCAAGCUGGACCCUCCUGAGGGCAAGACCAUCAGCGACGGUCUCGAGGUCAAGGUGUGCCUCGGCAAGGUGUGGAAGCAGAGCUUGACUGAGUUGAGCGGUGGACAAAGAUCGCUUAUCGCACUCUCGCUCAUUAUGGCACUCCUGCAAUUCAAGCCGGCGCCCAUGUACAUUCUGGACGAGGUCGACGCUGCCUUGGAUCUGUCCCACACGCAAAACAUUGGUCGCCUGAUCAAGACUCGGUUCAAGGGAUCCCAGUUCAUCGUCGUCUCCCUCAAGGACGGCAUGUUCCAAAAUGCCAACCGCAUCUUCAGGACCCGCUUCAGCGAGGGCACGAGUAUGGUGCAGGCGCUGACCCCUGCCGACAUGAGGUAG